AUGAGCUCAACUACACUUUCUGCUGUGUUAGAGAAGCAGAUUCGCCACCUGCGUCUGGCUGACUUUCCUUGUGGAUAUGGCAGCUGGAGAAAGACCAAAGACAGUACAGAUGGAAAAGAGACAAAAGAGACAGACGCCCUCCUGGAGCUGCUGAGCUGCCCUCACUCCCCAUGGUGGCUUGAUGUGUCAUGGAGCCCUCAAGCUCCAGCCGUGAGAAAGCUGGCUGUGCUCUCACCUGAAUGCCUGCGCACUGACUUCAUUUACAAUUACUUUACUACACUACGCAUCAUGGAUAAGGGUGUGUCAGUGAUUGACGAUGGCCUGUUAAGGUUCUCAAAGCUGGAGGAAUUGGUGCUGAGUGCCAACAGAAUCUCCGAAAUCCCUGCAGAGAACCUCCCCAGCACUUUGAAGAUUUUGGAGCUACGUGCCAACUGGUUGUCUGCUCUAAACAGUCUCACCAACCAUCCGCCUCCCCACGUACAGUACCUUGGCCUUGGCUCAAACAGUCUCGGUUCCCAUGAAGACAUCUUCAAUCUUACCGGAAGACACUGGCCACAACUAGUAUCCUUGGACCUCAGUGACUGUGAGUUUCAGGACCAGCAGGCCCUGCUGAGCGCCUUGAGCACACUCCCCUGCCUGAAGACACUGGUGCUGGAGGGAAACCCCUUCACCCUUGCGCCCUCCUACCCGGGCUUCACUGUGGACAGUCUCCCACAGCUCUCUUGCCUGGACACCUCGUGGAUCUCCUCUGAGGAAAGACAUCGUUUUAGGGGCUUGGCCGAGUUGAGCGACCUGAUAGUGGAUCAGGCAUCAGCCACAGUGAGCGUGGGCAGAAUGACGGGAAUCCCAGACCCAUUGACGAGUAUGGAUAAAAACGCUCCAGACUUCCCUGUUGUCAACUACAGCUAUUUUAUCACAUACGAGUUCCUUAGUCAUCAUACACCUGUUAACCUGACAGUUUACAGUGAGUGUAAAUCUGACACAGCACAUAUGACAGAAGACGGCUCCAGUGAUGCUGACCCACAAUCGAACAAGAAUUGUGAAAGAGAAACAUCCAAACCAGACACUGGAGUCUUGUUUGUAAACACUGAGGAAGGCUGCCACGUUACUCCAUGUGUGUCAAGACACAGCACAUCAAAGCUGACAUGGUCAGAGUGCAUGGACUUCAGUGACACACAACGUUACAUUGUUAGUGAUCUGGAAGGCUUAAAGAAAUUCCUCAGUCAAGGACUUCAUCUUAGGAUUGAGGAGGAAAAGGUCCUAUCAUGGCCUGCAGCUUCUGAAGAUAUCCCAGUGGCCAAACCCAGCCGAAAUGUCAAAGAGAAGAAAGGCAUGAAAGGGAAAGAAUCUCCAAUCAAAUCUGGUUCCACCAAAGACAAGUCUAAAGACAGAAAAAAGAAAUCUGCACCAGAGCUGGUCCAGGAUGCCCCCAUCAGAAGAUGCCUCGGCUCGGUCCACGUCCCCCUGCAAAACCUGGUCAAAGGAGAUCAUAAGGUCGACAUCCUCUGUGUCCUUGGUGACCUUCACACAGAGUCUGAGGUGGAAGCUACACAAACACUUGACAAGGAUCUGGGAAAGAAAAUCAAAGAGGAGAAUGAGGACAAGGAAUCAAAGCGGAGAAGAGGCAGAGGCACAGGACAGAAGAAUACAGCAUCUUCAAAAGGCAAAGGAGAGGGAGAGAAGGACCGUGAGUUGGAUGUCCACACAGACGACUCUGUGUCUAUCCAUCUGGAACCAGUGACUGUGGAGUUGAGCGUGGAGCUAGAGAAAUGGCGCUCUGCAUCUGAAGCUCACCAUGUCCUGCGACUACAACAAACCUCCUGAAAAAGAGCCUGGGUUAUGUUAAAGCAGGGUCUCUACA